AACGCUAGGCGUGGAAGACUGUGCGCGGAAAUCGCGCCCGGGGCGUGACCCCCGACCUGGCGUCCGCCGGGGGCGCGCGCUCGCACGCCGGAAGGGGUGGAGCCAGACUUGGUCUUAUAUAGCGUGCGCCCAGAGUCGGCCGGCCUCUAGCGGCGUGAUUUGGCGGCGGGAUGUCUCACAGGAAGUUCUCAGCUCCCAGACACGGGUCCUUGGGCUUCUUGCCUCGGAAGCGCAGCAGCAGGCAUCGUGGGAAGGUGAAGAGCUUCCCCAAGGAUGAUCCGUCCAAGCCUGUCCACCUCACAGCCUUCCUGGGAUACAAGGCUGGCAUGACCCACAUCGUGCGGGAAGUCGAUAGGCCAGGAUCAAAGGUGAACAAGAAAGAAGUCGUGGAGGCUGUGACCAUUGUGGAGACGCCGCCCAUGGUGGUCGUAGGCAUUGUGGGCUAUGUGGAAACUCCUCGAGGCCUCCGGACUUUUAAGACCAUCUUUGCUGAGCAUAUCAGCGAUGAGUGCAAAAGGCGCUUUUACAAGAACUGGCAUAAAUCUAAGAAGAAGGCCUUCACCAAGUACUGCAAGAAAUGGCAGGAUGAGGAUGGCAAGAAGCAGCUGGAGAAGGACUUCAGCAGCAUGAAGAAGUACUGCCAAGUCAUUCGCAUCAUCGCCCACACCCAGAUGCGCCUGCUUCCUCUGCGCCAGAAGAAGGCCCACCUGAUGGAGAUCCAGGUGAACGGAGGCACCGUGGCUGAGAAACUGGACUGGGCCCGGGAGAGGCUAGAGCAGCAGGUCCCUGUGAACCAAGUGUUUGGGCAGGACGAGAUGAUCGAUGUCAUCGGGGUGACCAAGGGCAAAGGCUACAAAGGGGUUACCAGUCGUUGGCACACCAAGAAACUGCCCCGCAAGACCCACCGAGGGCUGCGGAAGGUUGCCUGUAUCGGGGCCUGGCAUCCUGCCCGUGUGGCUUUCUCUGUGGCACGGGCUGGCCAGAAAGGCUACCAUCACCGCACAGAGAUCAACAAGAAGAUCUAUAAGAUCGGCCAGGGCUACCUUAUCAAGGAUGGCAAGCUGAUCAAGAACAAUGCUUCUACCGACUACGACCUGUCUGACAAGAGUAUCAACCCCCUGGGUGGUUUUGUCCACUACGGUGAAGUGACUAAUGACUUUGUGAUGCUGAAAGGUUGUGUGGUGGGAACCAAGAAGCGAGUGCUCACCCUCCGCAAGUCCUUGUUGGUGCAGACCAAACGGCGGGCUCUGGAGAAAAUUGACCUUAAGUUCAUCGAUACCACCUCCAAGUUUGGCCAUGGCCGGUUCCAGACUAUGGAGGAGAAGAAGGCGUUCAUGGGACCACUUAAGAAGGACCGAAUUGCCAAGGAAGAAGGAGCUUAAUGUCAGGAACAGAUUAUACAGCUGGUGGGAUCUCAAUAAAAGUUGUUUUCCAGUGA